AUGGAGCAGCAAUCUUCCACCUCAAGACCCCAACUUCCGCAAAUAUGGAUUGAGAUUCAAGAAUCACUCAAGAAAAGGCUUAUCCAGGAGGAUUGUUUCACCUGGAAAGUACCACAGUUAAGACACCGAGAAAAUCAAGAUUUGGGCAGCGGCGGAAGUGAAGUCCUCAAGUUUGUUGGUGGGGUUGACCUGAGUUUCUCCAAAAAUGACCCCUCAAUUGCUUGUGCUUCGCUUGUGGUUUUGGAUUUUUCCACUCUUGAAGUUGUUUAUGAAGACUGCGCCAUAGAUGAGCUCAGAGUCCCUUAUGUUCCUGGUUUCUUAGCUUUUAGAGAGGCCCCUGUGCUUAUAGAACUUCUCGAGAAAAUGCAGAAGAAAAGACUUGCAUCAUAUCCCCAGGUAUUGAUGGUUGAUGGUAAUGGCCUACUACAUCCACGAGGAUUUGGAUUGGCUUGUCAUCUCGGUGUUUUGGCUGAUCUACCUACAAUUGGAAUUGGAAAGAAUUUACAUCACGUUGAUGGUCUUUCCCAACAUAGUGUGAGAAAACAGCUGGAAGCUAACGGAAACUCAUGUAGUGAUAUUGUCCCUUUGAUCGGCAACUCUGGUUCCACCUUAGGGGCUGCUAUGCGAUCGACUGAACGCUCCAUGAAGCCCAUAUUUAUUUCAGUUGGUCACCGUAUAUCUCUUGCCACUGCCACCCUAAUCGUCAAGCUAUCCUGCAAAUUUCGGGUCCCGGAACCCAUUAGGCAGGCGGACAUUAGGUCGAAAAUUCACCUUCAGAAGCAUGGUUUAAGCUAA